AUGGAGGGCGUUCAGGCGUCCCAGUCUGCGCCGGGACCGGCAGACCUGAGGACGCAGGACACCAAGCGCCCCGAAUCUUUCCUGCUGGUUUACAAUGUCAGCAAGAAACAGAAUUUCGGCACAUUGUUGAGAUCCGCGUGUGCAUUCGGAGUCUCAGAGGUGCUGGUCGUCGGAGCAAAGAAAUUGUCGACUUUUGGCAAUCAAGGAACUUCUGCACACGCCAACGUGCGGCAUUUCGACACGCUGCAGGCAGCCAAAGACGACCUGCGAUCGAGGGGCGCAAGAAUAUGUGGCAUUGAAAUCGAUGACACAGCGCAGCCUGUCACGAGCCAUCCGUUUGUAGGCUCUACGGCAUUUAUGCUUGGCAACGAAGGGGAAGGCAUGUCUGCCGUGCAGAAGGAGGUCUGCGACUCCUUCGUGUAUAUACCGCAGUUUACAGGCGCGACGGCCUCUCUGAACGUCGCCAUAGCCGGCUCUAUCGUCUUGCACCACUUCGCAACCUGGGCCGGCAUGCCGGAGCACGCUAGGUGUGGGGAGAAGUUUGUCGUUGAGCCCCCGCGAAGCACGCUGGAGAAGUUCCAAAAUCCGACGGAGGCCGAGAAGGAGGAGAUCGAGCGGAAGCGAGCCGAGAGAGCGGCCAAGCGACGAAAGGAAGCAGACGAGGAUUUGGCCGAAGGUGGCGACCGGGAUUGCGCAUGCUAG